UUCUUUCCCAUUUCCAUUUUAUUAUUCCUAUUCCUUCCUCUCACAUCAUCACUUCACCAAUAACCCUUUCUCUCCCAUUUUUUGCUUUGAAAAAACUAAGGCUAAUAUGGCUACUCAGGCACUUGUUUCAUCUUCUUUAACUUCUUCAGUUGGUGCAGCCAGACAGAGAUUAGGGGCAAAACCUUCUUUUGGAUCUUCAAGGAAAGCAGCUUCUUUUGUUGUUAGAGCUGAAGCCACUCCUCCUGUUAAGCAAGGAGCAGAUAGACAACUAUGGUUUGCCUCAAAACAAAGUCUUUCUUACUUGGAUGGAAGUCUCCCGGGCGAUUACGGGUUCGACCCAUUGGGGCUGUCGGACCCCGAGGGCACAGGAGGGUUCAUCGAGCCAAGAUGGUUAGCAUACGGCGAAGUGAUCAACGGGAGGUUCGCGAUGUUGGGAGCAGCGGGAGCCAUUGCCCCAGAGAUCUUUGGAUCACUAGGGCUAAUCCCACCAGAAACAGCCCUCCCAUGGUUCAAAACAGGAGUCAUCCCACCAGCAGGGACCUACAACUAUUGGGCAGACCCAUACACACUGUUUGUGUUUGAAAUGGCUCUAAUGGGCUUUGCUGAACACAGAAGAUUUCAAGAUUGGGCCAAGCCAGGGUCCAUGGGGAAACAAUACUUUUUGGGCCUAGAAAAGUUCUUGGGUGGGUCAGGGGACCCAGCAUACCCAGGUGGGCCCUUGUUCAAUCCAUUAGGGUUUGGGAAAGAUGAGAAGUCAUUGAAGGAUUUGAAGCUGAAGGAAGUGAAGAAUGGAAGGCUUGCAAUGUUGGCAAUAUUGGGUUAUUUUGUACAAGGACUUGUCACUGGUGUUGGGCCUUACCAAAACCUUUUGGAUCAUUUAUCUGACCCUGUCAACAACAAUGUUUUGACCAGCCUUAAAUUCCACUAGAAAGGGAUAUAUAUGUCAAUUGUAAUUUGUGUAUUGUAUAUUAAUAUGGGUCACAAUCCUUUUGGGUUGCUUUGGAGCUUUGAAAAUUUGUUUCCCCCCUCUCUCUUUAUUUGUAACAUGAUUUGAGGAAAAAACUUUUCUCUAAUAUUUUGCAUGGUCUUCUUUGUAAGAAUAUUGACAUAUAUGUUAAUUACCUAUCUAGGUAUCAAUUGAUGCUUCUUUUUCCCCUAA